AUGUCUGACCUUCCACUAGUAUCAAUGACGGUGGAGGAAAGCAUGCAUUACCCGUUGCUCGGUGUUCCCUCUGACAUCGAGUGGUUCUCGUCGAUGUCUCCCGGAUCUGGCUACGUACGCCUUGGGCCCGAAGACCGCAUGUUUGUGGUCACAAUGUUUCACGAGUUACAUUGUCUUCGCGUGCUCAACCUUGCAUUCGGCAAAGCACGCUUUGCGACUCCAGCGCACAUUAAGCAUUGUUUGAAUUACCUUCGGCAAGGGAUUCUGUGCGCUCCUGACUUGACCCUGGAGCCUGGGAAUUUCGAGGAAAAGGAUUUUGAAGUUGAGAGACUCGGCGCGACACAUACAUGCAGGGAUUGGAGUAUAGUCUUCCAAAUGAUGGACGAGAAUUAUUACAAUUGGGAGAACAGUGCUGAGUGA